AUGUCUGAAAAAUUAUCCUUUAAUAAUAGGGUUGUUGUAAUUACGGGAGCUGGAGGUGGUCUGGGUAAAGUUUAUGCACUAGCUUACGCAAGUAGAGGUGCAAGAGUGGUUGUUAAUGAUUUAGGUGGCACUUUGGGUGGUUCAGGCCAUAACUCUCGAGCUGCAGAUUUGGUAGUAAAUGAAAUCAAAAAAGCUGGAGGUCUAGCUGUAGCAAAUUACGAUUCUGUUAAUGAAAACGGAGAAAGAAUAAUUGAAACUGCUAUAAAAGAAUUUGGCAGGGUUGAUGUGUUAAUCAACAAUGCUGGAAUACUACGAGAUGUAUCAUUUGCAAAGAUGACAGAACGUGAGUUUGCAUCUGUAGUAGAUGUUCAUCUAACUGGCGGCUAUAAACUAUCACGGGCUGCAUGGCCUUAUAUGCGCUCUCAGAAGUUUGGUAGAAUUAUUAACACUGCCUCCCCGGCUGGUUUAUUCGGAAACUUUGGUCAAGCUAAUUAUUCAGCAGCUAAAAUGGGAUUGGUUGGUUUGGCUGAAACCCUAGCGAAAGAGGGUGCCAAAUACAACAUUAAUGUUAAUUCGAUUGCACCAUUAGCUAGAUCACGUAUGACGGAAAACGUUUUACCACCACAUAUUUUAAAGCAAUUAGGACCAGAAAAAAUUGUUCCUUUAGUACUCUAUUUAACACAUGAAAGUACAAAGGUGUCGAACUCUAUUUUUGAAUUAGCCGCUGGAUUCUUUGGGCAGCUCAGAUGGGAAAGAUCCUCUGGACAGAUUUUCAAACCAGACCCUAAGACAUACACGCCUGAAUCAAUUUUAUGUAAAUGGAAGGAUAUUACAGAUUUUAAGGAUAAGCCGUUUAACAAAACGCAACAUCCAGACCAACUUUCAGAUUAUAAUGAUUUGAUCGCGAAAGCCAAAAAAUUACCUUCAAAUGAUCAAGGCUUAGUGAAAAUCAAUUCGCUUCGUGAUAAAGUCGUGAUAAUUACAGGUGCAGGGGGUGGCCUUGGGAAGUCACACGCCCUUUGGUUUGCACGUUACGGUGCAAAAGUGGUCGUGAAUGAUAUUAAGAAUCCAUUUUCAGUUGUUGAAGAGAUCAAUAAAUUGUACGGUGAGGGUACAGCCAUUUCGGACACUCAUGACGUAGUAACUGAAGCGCAAAGUAUUAUCGAUACUGCGACAGAGAAAUUUAAGAGAGUGGACAUUUUGGUCAAUAAUGCCGGUAUCUUGCGUGACAGGUCAUUCUUGAAAAUGAAGGAUGAAGAAUGGUUUGCUGUCCUGAAAGUUCAUCUUUUCUCAACGUUUGCGCUGUCGAAGGCAGUAUGGCCAAUAUUCACAAAACAGAAGUCUGGAUUUAUUAUCAACACUACAUCUACCUCAGGAAUAUAUGGUAAUUUUGGACAAGCUAAUUAUGCUGCUGCAAAGGCUGCUAUUUUAGGCUUUAGUAGAACUAUUGCAUUGGAAGGUGCCAAGAGAGGAAUUAUCGUCAAUGUUAUUGCUCCUCAUGCCGAAACUGCUAUGACCAAGACUAUAUUUUCGGAAACGGAAUUAUCAAAUCACUUCGAUGCAUCUCAGGUUUCCCCACUUGUUGUUCUGUUGGCAUCCGAAGAAUUACAAAGGUAUGCUAGUAAAAAGGUGACUGGUCAAUUAUUCGAGGUCGGUGGUGGUUGGUGCGGACAAACAAGAUGGCAAAGAAGCACUGGUUAUGUCUCUGUUAAAGAGACUAUUGAACCAGAGGAAAUUGAGGAGAAUUGGAACCAUGUAACUGAUUUCGGUGGUAGUACUAUCAAUCCAAGUUCUACAGAGGAGUCUUCUAUGGCGAUUUUGCAGUCUGUACAGAAAGCGCAUUCUUCAAAGGAACCAAAUGAUGGAGUUUUCAAGUAUACUACUAAAGAUUGUAUAUUGUACAAUCUAGGGCUUGGAUGCACGAGCAAGGAGCUUAAGUACACCUACGAAAAUGAUCCGAACUUCCAAGUUUUGCCCUCGUUUGCCGUCAUUCCAUUUAUGCAAGCUACUGCUACACUAUCUAUGGAUAAUUUAGUUGAUAAUUUCAAUUAUGCAAUGUUAUUGCAUGGGGAGCAAUACUUCAAACUCUGUACACCGAAGUUACCAAGUAAUGGAACGUUGAAAACAGUUGCUAAACCUUUACAAGUUCUUGACAAGAAUGGUAGAGCUGCUUUAGUAGUUGGUGGCUUCGAAACUUAUGACACCAAAACUAAGAAACUCAUAGCUUAUAAUGAGGGAUCAUUUUUCAUUAGAGGUGCACAUGUACCUCAGAAAAAGCAGAUAACGGAUGGGGAUAGGGCAAAAUUUGCUAUCCAACGAUUCGAUGCACCAUCUGAAAAGGCACCUGAUUUUGAGAUCGAAAUUUCCACAAAUAAAGACCAAGCCGCAUUGUACAGAUUGUCUGGAGAUUUUAACCCUUUGCAUAUCGAUCCUACGUUAGCCAAAGCAGUCAAAUUCCCUGCGCCAAUCUUACAUGGUCUUUGUACUUUGGGUGUUAGUGCGAAGGCAUUAUUUGAACAUUAUGGCCCAUAUGAAGAGUUGAAAGUGAGGUUUACCAACGUAGUGUUUCCGGGUGAUACGCUAAAAGUCAAAGCUUGGAAACAAGGUGAAGUUGUUAUCUUCCAGACAAUUGAUAUGACAAAAAACGUUGUCGUCUUGGAUAAUGCUGCCAUAAAACUAUCGCAAGCAAAAUCAAAAUUAUAA